AGCAUGUAAAGCCCAGAGCACAUGAAACCAUUGGCGCGAAUGGCAAACUCAGAAAUCCGGCAAGAAGGGGCUCCUGCCACACCACCGGGAAAGAGGAACCUGUCCUGACCGCUUCCUUCACCUCUGGGCCAUAUCAAAUCCGCAUCGGCUAACCGGAGAGAAGUCACGAGCAAGUUCCACCGGAGAGGAAAUCCAGCGCGGGGACUGCACUCGAGGCUGAGGGGCCGGCAGCGCGUCGCUGCUGGGGCCGCCCCGCGCGACCGGCCGCGCUGACCCCCGACCCCGGCCUGCGGGAAGCGGCUCCCGGGCUGCCCCGUGGGCCCGGCCGGCCCGGGACGAGGACGCAGGGCCUCGGCAGGGACGCCAGAGCCAGCCCUCGCCAUCCCCACACGCCCCGCGGCAGCCGCGCGCACGUUACCUGCGGACCCCGGCCCCGCCCGCCCGUCUGGGCUGCCGCCCUCCGCCAUGAGCGCUCCCGCCUCCGCGGCCGCCACGGGCCCGCCGCGCCCCUCAGGCAGGAAGCAGAGCUGCCCGCGACCACUUCCGGCGCCACGGGCGAGGGGGCCGCCUCGGGGUCACGGCUUCCGGCGGGCGCGCGCCGGCCUCACUGGUUUCCGGGUCCGCGCCUCCACUUCCGGCUUUCCUGCCGAGCUGGGCGCUGGCGGGUUCCGGCGUUGGGCGUGGAUUUCCCUAGUCACCGACUCUGGGGGCGCUGGCUGCGCUGUGGUUUCCCCUCAUGAGAAGCCAAGGAGUCGGAAAGCGUGUCGCCUGGGGCAGCAGCCUGGGUCCGGUCGAUCGGGUCGUCCCCGCCGCCUCGGACGGGGCGUGGCUUCUGCCGGGGGUGGGCGGGGCCCUGGCGGGCGGGACCCGGGUCUCGGCCGGGCUGGCGCGGUCCCGGCAGGUGCCCCCCGAGCCGCUAGCGGCCCCGGGACGGUGGAUUCGGAGGCGCGGGGCGUGGUGACGGCCCACCGCAGGGCUGAGCGUGGCAGCGUGCUGCUGUUUCGGAGGAAUGCUCCCCCGAAUCCCUUCCGUGAAGCCCGCAGUCAGCUCGGCUACGGAUGACAGCCGAUGGCUGACGCGGAGUUCGUUGAAUAAAUGAAUGCGUUUGUGAACAAACGGGGAGCAUUCCCUGCACGCUCCCAAGUUCAAAUGUCGCAGCGUCGUCCCACCGUGAGGAUUGGUUUCGGUCCUUCAGCACGGAUUCCCUUGGGGUCCUCCCAUUCUCCCCGGCCGGCCGAGGUAGAAAGCAGGCCUCAGGCAGGAGGAGACUGAUAAGGAAGGACGGAAACCCCUGCAGUCGUGGCGUGACCUGCUGGCCCAUCCUUGUGUACAACACACCAGACGGUAAGGGAGCCGCAGGCGCAGCCCCGCAAGUGCCCCUGCUGAGGCUGGCCCCGAGUGGCCCAGAUACACUGGGUGGGUCCCCCCAGCUGCAGACCUGGCAGGCCCUGUGCGGGGUGGAGGCGGGAGUAGGGGUACUUCCUGCAGUGGUGUUCAGACUUGGUAACAGCAGAGAGCACCGCUGGCAUGAGGGACAGGUGACUCCGAUGAUGACGCUACUGCACCACAGCUGCACAUCCAAACUCUUGGAGCUUCAGCAACUCCGAAGCCGGAAACCGACUCACGUGUUCGUGAAUGAAUAAACGAAAUGCAGUCCAUCCAUGCAAUGGAAUAGCGCUCAGCCUUGGAGAGGAAGGAAAUCCUGAUCUUGAAGACGUUAUGCUGAGUGAGAUAAGCCAGUCACAAAAAGACAAAUACAGUACUGUGUGAUUCCACUUAGGUGAGAUCAUAAUGUGGGGCAGUGAAACCGUAGAUCGGAGUGCGGGUUGCCAAGGGCUGGGAAGUGGGGAAUGAGGACUUAGUGUUUAAUGGGGGCGGAGUUUCCGUUGAGGAAGAUGAAAAAGUUUUGGAAAUUGGUUGCACAACAAUGUGAAUUGUGA